AUGAAGCAUCCAGCCCUAUCCAACCCUCUCUCUCUCUCUCGUCCCGAACUGCAUCAGACCGGCAAGAUCGUCCUCGUCACCGGCCGCGGCACCAGCAUCGGCUUUCAUAUCGUCAAGAGCUUUAUCCUCGCCGGUGUCGCCCGUGCCAUCCUCGUCGGUCGUCGCGAGGUCCGCGAGACGGCUGCGCGCGAUUCGCCGCCCUGGCGCAGUCCUCGGACAUCGAACGAGACGCAGACCGUCAGCUUCCAUCCGGAGUCCAUCCAUAACCAAGAGUUUGAGAAGAUGGGCAUCUCCGAGACAGGUCUCCCAUUUGAUGAUCCUGCCUUCCCUGGUGCCUUCGCCGUGUGGGCCACCACCCUCGAGGCACGAUUCCUCCACGGCCGGUUCGUCUGGGCCUCGUGGGAUAUCGACGAGUAUUCGCCAGGGGAGAUCCGGAAGCGCAUCGAGGAGAAUGUGGAUUUUCUUCGCGUAGGCGUGGUUGGGUUGAAAGGGGCUUCUAGGGGGUGGUAG